AUGGGGUCCGAACUUGGAGUCAACGCCAACUCCAAGGCGGAGCUCAGUCUGACUCCUGUCAGCAUCUGGUGGGUGUGUUGGACAUGCGUUUGGACCACUGUUAUUGCGAUAGGCAUGGUCUACCUGAUCAUUCAUCGAAAUUCAACCCCCCUUCGACUUCGAGGCAUCGGCCUAUCACUGUCGGCCGUCAUUCUCCUUCACUUAUAUUGGAUAUCAGUGCAGUUGGGGUUAUUGGUCGGCUCAUUGGCACCAGGGGACGCCGAAUUCUGGAUCAUGGGCACUCUGUUGCCGUGUGGCAUUGCCCUUUUCCACGCAUCCAAUAGUCGCUUCGUCCAUGUUGCGAAUCUCCAGAAAAGAUAUACUCGCCCCAACAGCCGUCUUGUCGGGCUACCUUAUGGGAACACUGCUUUUGAACCCAAGGGCGGCAAGGGCUUGAUCGAUCGCUUCCGACGUCUUGACUAUACCACCAAGAGUCUCAUCACUGUGGGCUUUGCAAUGCUCCUCCAAAUAUUCCUCACUGCGUCGAUGUAUAUAAUUUCCCGCAAAUGGCAUAGUUCUUGGGGUAUCCCCGGCACUGAGGUUACUGGGACUGCGAUGGAGCAGAAAUCCGAGAUGGGUCGAGGCUGGGAAUGGUGGCCUGGCGUGUUUUGGCAAUUCUUCUGGUCUUGGAUCGUUGCUCCCAUUAUUCUCUGGAAGUCUCGCGAGAUCCAUGAUACUCAGGGCUGGCGAGUUCAGACCAUUGGCUGUGCUGUUGCCAGUCUCCACGCUACUCCACUUUGGCUUAUAGCCCUCUAUGUUCCUGCAAUGGAAGUGGUCAACAAUUAUUGGCUACCUGCUCAGUGGAUCUGCCUAUCGAUCGUUUUCAUCGAGAUCUUUACUGUAUUGCUCCCUUGCUGGGAGGUUUUCCGACACCAGUCCCUUCACCAAGAGACUCUUGAUUUGAUUGCCGAAUGGGAGUCGAAGCAAAAGUCUGCUCCCGAAACAAAGUCUUUAAAAUCUGCCACGGCAACUGUCGAGUCUAUGAUGUCAGGCUCUGUUAAAACAGACGUAUCCGAUGAGAGUGUGAUGUCUAUGCCUGCUCUCGAACACGUCCUCGAUCGUGAUCCUGCCUCGCUACAGAAUUUCUCAGCACUCCACGACUUUUCUGGAGAAAAUAUUGCCUUUCUUACGAGCGUCGCCCAAUGGAAGAGCUCCUUACAGGAUGCCUCCGAUGUCGAAGAUGAAGAGGAUCUCAAAGAGAUGCUACAAGAGCGAUACAAUAGCGCCCUUUCUAUCUACGUCGAAUUUGUCAGUCCUCAUGCCGAAUUCCCGAUCAACCUAUGUUUCCAAGAACUUUCAAAACUUGAGAAUAUCUUCGAGGAACCCGCUCGUAUCAUCUAUGGUGAUGAACCCGAGAUGAACGCGAUUGCACCCUUUAAUAUUCCCAGCUUCUCAAGGCUACCCUCGGCCAUGUCGUCCGACGGUUCUGAGAAGGAUAUUCAUGUAACAGCAUCCGUGUUGCGAGACCGUGUAUGGUAUUGGGGUGAUGUUCCCGAGGAGUUUGUCGCCUGUGGACUUGGUGCGAAUGUCUUUGAUGAGGCGGUAAAGGCAGUCAAGUAUCUCGUCCUCACAAAUACUUGGCCCAGGUUUGUAAGGAGUCGAAGCAACACCUGCCGAUUGCCAGGUACUACCGCUGGUAGUGGCUUUGAUGUUGAGCUUGCAAGAGCGCAGCAUGUGAACUGA